AUGAUUUUUAAGGCUUUCCUUUACCUGGGUAUUUUGCUUGCUGUUCUCCUUCUCAUAUCGUCGGAGGUGGCAGCUAGAGAUCUUGCUGAGACUUCUACUGGUGACAACAAAAAAGGCGGUCGUGAUCAUGGUCGCCGUGGUGAUUAUCCAGGUGGCGGUGGUGGUCGCGGUAGUGGUUAUCCUCGCCGCAGGCGUUGCUACUACGGUAGUUGCAGGCGGAGUUACUAUGGCAGAGAAUGCCUAAAGUGUUGCUCUUACGCCGGUGAAGCUGUUGACUCAGAAACCCAAGACAAAGCUCACAACUGA